CCCCAAGGAGCCCAUUCCUCGGGGAUAACGCGCAGACCACCUGGACCAAAAGUGACGCACACCGUCUCCGUACCCCCAGUCCCCGUAACCCCACAGUGGGCCAAGCGAACCCCCAUGAGAGCGCAUAGCAAGCCAUUUCUCAUGUUCUGGAUCAACGAGCCAGCGCCCACCCCGCACCCCCACCGUUGGACCUAAAGCCCUGAGCAGUGAGAAACCUAACCUGCCAUCUCUGAUUCUUGGAGGCCUAGCCCCAGGAGCAGGUGCACAGGCCCUGAUUCUGGAUACGAUAGUGGUGACGCCUCGGGCACCCAGAACUCAGGCGCACUAGGGAUUCGUACCCGAUGUUUCUGUUUACUCCCUGUGGGCCUCCUGGAAAUUGACUUGCCUUUUCUGUGUUUUGUUCCCCUCUUCUGUACAGCGGAGCUGGGGUGGCUGUCCUUCUUAGGGUACUGAGGGUUACGCGAGAUAAUGCAUGGCUAGGGCUCAGGACACCACAGUUGCCCAAUAAAUGUUUAUUGUUAGCAUGCUUGACCCCUUCACUUUCACUGCCAGACCCCAGCACAAACUCCCUGUCACAGAGAGCGCAGGGUCACUGGCUCUGGCCCACACCCUGAGUUGUCCUUGAGAUGUCUGACUGCCCAAACUCUAGGCAGUAUCCCUGCUGGGCAGGCCAGAAAAGGAAGGCCAGAGCAGGGACUGGCGACACAGCUAAUAUCAGGGUGAGGGCAGGAAGAGGUGGCCAGUCAUGUGACAAUACAUCAGGCCACCAAACAGUUGCGCUUAUCAAGGAAUGGGCCUCAGAACUGCCUUGGCCAAUCUGGAUCCGGCUCUCUCUCAUACGACUGUGGAUAUGUGCAAGGGGGCCACCCCUGAGUCCAGAUGACACUCAUACCAAUGGCUUCAGUGAUGGCCAUGAGUGAACCAAAAUGGAUCUCCAUCUGGAGCCGCUUCCUGUGGGUGAUGGUGCUGAGCAUGGUGCUGGGGUCCCUGCUGGCCCUGCUGCUGCCCCUGGGGGCCAUGGAGGAGCAGUGUCAGGCCUUGCUCAAAGGCUUCUACCUGCUCAGCGGCAGGUUGGAUGGGGCACAGCACGCUGUCACCAGAUACACCAGACCAUCCACAGAACUCAGCGUCACCUCCAAGGAUGCGGCACUGCUGGUGGUCAAGACUAGGUCCUCUCCAGCCGGUAAGUUGGAAGCCAAAGCAGCUCUGAACCAAGCCCUGGAAAUGAAACGCCAAGGCAAGCGGAAGAAAGCCCACAAGCUCUUCUUGCACGCCCUGAAAAUGGACCCAGACUUUGUGGAUGCUCUCAACGAGUUUGGUAUCUUCUCGGAAGAGGACAAGGACAUUAUCCAGGCGGAUUAUUUGUACACCAGAGCACUGACCAUCUCACCCGACCACAAAAAAGCGCUGAUCAACCGGGACCGGACGCUGCCACUGGUGGAGGAGAUCGACCAGAGGUACUUCAGCAUCAUCGACAACAAAGUGAAGAAGGUCAUGUCCAUCCCCAAGGGCAACUCCGCGCUGCGAAGGGUCAUGGAGGAAACGUACUACCAUCACAUCUAUCACACGGUGGCGAUCGAGGGCAACACCCUCACCCUCUCAGAAAUCAGGCACAUUCUGGAGACCCGCUACGCCGUGCCGGGGAAAAGCCUGGAGGAGCAGAAUGAGGUCAUUGGCAUGCACGCGGCAAUGAAGUAUGUCAACACGACGCUGGUUUCCCGCAUCGGGUCCGUCACCAUCAGCGAUGUCCUGGAGAUCCACAGGCGGGUGCUGGGUUACGUGGAUCCCGUGGAAGCCGGCAGGUUCCGGACAACACAGGUCCUUGUGGGACACCACGUCCCUCCCCACCCUCAGGAGGUGGAAAAGCAGAUGAAAGAGUUCAUACAGUGGCUCAACUCGGAGGACGCCAUGAAUCUGCACCCAGUGGAGUUUGCUGCCUUGGCCCAUUAUAAACUUGUUUAUAUCCACCCUUUCAUCGACGGCAAUGGGAGGACUUCACGGCUGCUGAUGAACCUCAUCCUGAUGCAGGCGGGCUACCCACCCAUCACCAUCCGCAAGGAGCAGAGGUCUGAGUACUACCACGUACUGGAAGUCGCCAACGAAGGCGACGUGAGGCCAUUCAUUCGCUUCAUUGCCAAGUGUACAGAGACCACCCUGGACACCCUGCUCUUUGCCACAACAGAGUACCCAGUGGCACUGCCCGAGGCCAAACCCAACCACUCUGGGUUCAAGGAGACACUACCUGUGAAGCCUUAACCCUCAAAAACCUCCCUUGGUGAUGGGGUUUCCAGGGGGAGGAGAAUCAAAACUUAGCAUUUCUAGAAACCUUGUCGUUUCCCCAAGCAAAAGGACACAGACAAGGAACUUAAACAUUCUUUACCUCCAAUUUUUUGUAAGAAAAAAACUAAGUUAUUAAGACUCGUCUCUAGGGUAACUUAUAAUUCAGCCAAGUUAUUUAUUUUCUUCUUUUGAGCUAGUAGAUGUGGUGGGGUCUGUCCCGUGCUGGUGGCCCAUGCUUCCGGUGGUCCCGGCAGGCGCUGGGGGCACAUGUUCUCUGCAUGUGACCAGAACAGGUUCUGGAGCAGAACGUACACUAAGGUGGCGAGAGGCCAAGACUGGGAGGAGAUCCAGAGACACGGGACUAGCUCCUCCAAGUCUUCUCUGAGACUGGCCGACAGGUCCUGUGGUUUUACCCAGGAGAACCUGGUCCCGGUUUUGAGAAAUGAUUGAAAGCUUGCUUCCUUAGAGCUUUCUGCUGCCCUACAGAGAGGCUGGUGUUGUGACUAAUUCUUACUGGCAGGGCGCACUGAGAGAUAAGAUGACAUGAGCACGGACAACCUUUCUACUUUGGUAUCUUGCUUAUUCCAAGAGCCAGAGUUUGCAAGCUCUAGCAUCAGAGGCUGUUUUUCCAUACUGAUACUAUUUUUCUAAUGAAAAAUAGGGGACUGGCCCGCCUGGUUUUUCCUGUGCUGUCCAUGUUUAUAUCUCCAGCAUCUGCGGCAACUCAGCCCAGACGUCUGAGAGUUCUCGGGGUGUCCCUGAACUGAAGAGCGCAGCAGGUCAGGCAGUGCGCAAGUGGGCAGCUCUGCCCUCACGCCCCUCUCUGAGUGCGACAUCUAGAACUAGGAGUUACAGAGCACCUCUGAGAACACAGAUGCCACGUCACCACCAAGCACACUUUUUUAAAUCUUUACCUAAGGAUAUGUUUAUUGAUUUGAGAGAGGAAGGGAGAGAGGAACAUUGAUCAGUUGCCUCCAGUAUGUACCCUGACUGUGGAAUCAAACCCACAACCCAAACCCACAACCUUCUGGUGUAUGGGAAGAUGCUCCAACCCACUGAGCCACCCAGCCAGGGUUAAAGAAGCAUUUUGGUAAAGAAUUAGAGCAUUGGUUUGUACUGAACCAUGAAAAACCUUUGGCCGUGGCCAGGACAUGUCCCUUUUGGUCAUGCAGUUCGAUCCACUUACUGACCUGACUCCAACCACCCACAGCCACCAUACUGUCCAGCACCCCUCGGGGAAACAGAAUAUUUCACCUUGGAGUGGCCUUAUUUUUCUCCCAACUUACGAAAUGCUGUAUGUACUACGGCCAAGCCACCCUUCUGUGGCAGCAGAAAGAAUCUUUCAAUCACAUACGACACAGGAGCCAACACGACUGCUGCUAUUCAGUGAGUGGCCAGAGGCUCAGCUCCUGCCUCGGGUACACAGGCCGGCGCCCAGCGCUGCCCUGCACCCCACCAGUGUCCAAGGGGCACAGAGGAUGCAGCACCAGCUCUGGUCUGAGGAUCAGUCACUGCUCUUACGUGGCAGGUGUUCUAUUUAAUUGUGUGCAUAUUCAGAAAGGUUUUCUGAAAGAUUAAGGGAAAUGAAUGGAAAGAUAUACGAAAUGGGCCCAAGUGAGUUAUUCAGACCUUUACAGAAAAUAUUUUCAUAUUUGUUUGCUACCGUGAAGGAUUUCUUAAAUCUACAUCUUGGUUUUUAUAAGCACACCAAGGAAGCCUGAUGGAAGUGCUUGCUUUGUACUAUUAAAACUGGCACUUUAGUGAAAUGUGAAGGACAUUACUUUAACAAAUAAC